CGUCGCAAACUUUCUCCUCUCCAAUUCGCUUCUCUUCUCUUCCCUUCUCUUCUCUUCUCUCCUGUUCUCACUCCUUUCUCUCUCCAACUACAUCUGCUCUUUCUACAAGAGCUUCUACCCAAGCACAAAUUGACAUCUGGCUUUGUGGCGGCCCUUGCGGUUCUUUUCGGCCACCGGAAAGUCAUAUUGUCCCUCUUCCCACUCUUUCACAAUCAAUCCACAUACAUCUCAAAUUUCCCCUUGGAAGAUUUAAAAACAGCCGAUUUCGUAGAAUCUAUGUUGGUUGGAAGAUAAAACGAAGCGUCGAUCUUGAAGAACAAGCUGCUGUCGCUGAAUCGGAAGUCGUCCUAUGCAUCAUCUGGCCUGAAGUCGUCUUGAUUGUUUAGUUUUAAGACUUUUUCUGGGCAUUUGAGCUGGAAGUUAGCUGGAAGCGAAGAAAAAAUACAAGUUCCCUUCUUAGAUGACUUGUACAGAUCAGAAUGAGUCCAUUCCCGUACAAAUUAAUUGAUUUUUUGGUAUUUUGAUUAUGCUGAAGAUAUAGAAAAAGGACUGCUAGUUCGAAGAAGCCAAGGGAAAAAAAAAAAAAGGAGAUCUUGCAGCCAUGACUGUUGAGGAUCAAAGUGGAGGUAGUAGUCGUUCAAAUACCUUUCUAUCAGCUGGUAAUCUAAUUUCAUUGGAUGCUGGGACACAUUCUUUGACUGCUGCUGAGCUGAAGGAGCAAUUUUCUUGCAGAGAUGACCUGGCUCCCAAGGCUAGGAAACCAUACACAAUUACCAAGCAAAGAGAAAGAUGGACUGAAGAAGAGCAUAAGAAGUUUCUUGAAGCUUUAAAGCUGUAUGGUCGGGCUUGGAGGCGUAUAGAAGAGCAUGUGGGCACCAAGACUGCAGUUCAGAUUCGAAGCCAUGCCCAGAAGUUUUUCUCUAAGGUGGUUCGGGAAACAAGUGGUGGCAACACAAACUCAGCAGAACCUAUUGAGAUUCCUCCUCCCAGACCAAAACGAAAACCUGUUCACCCUUAUCCCCGUAAACUGGUGCACCCACUUAGAAAAGGAAUCUCAGUUCUUGAGCCGCCAGUGAGAUCUGGAUCACCAAAUUUUUCAGCUUCAGAACAAGAAAACCAGUCCCCCACAUCAGUAUUAUCAGCAGUUGGUUCAGAGACACUGGGUUCCACACUUUCAAAUACACAGAAUGGUAGCCCAUCUCCAGUUUCAUCUGCGGCUGGUGUCAACCCAGAUAGCAUGUUUCUCCCUGAACUCAAUCCACCAACCGAGGAAAAUGCAUCUCCAUCCCCGGUCUUAACGACAUCUAGCUCUGUUCCGGAUGAACCUUUACCCAUGAAGUUCGAGUUGUUUCCAAAGGAAAUAUUUGCUAAAGAAUGUUCGGUCGAGGAAGCAUCCACCCGAACUCUUAAGCUAUUUGGGAGGACUGUAUUAGUGACAGAUUCCCACAGGCCAUCUUCUCCAACAACCUCUAAGUCUCAGCCUUCAGACAUUAAUAAUGAGGGAAUGCAUGUUGAAACAUUACCAUGGAACUCAACACCCACAGAAUCUUCUCCCGAGAAUUCAAGUUUUUCAUGGAGUCAUUUGCAAUCUCAACCAUCAGGGGCUUUCUAUUACAUGCAUUUCAAGAAAGAGGAUUCAAAUUGUGUAGAAGCUGGUACCACUGCUCCCCUGCCAUGGUGGACCUUUUAUGGGGGCAUACCAAUUCCUUUCCUUCCGCUCCAUCAUCAGGACUCGAUCAAAGCACAUGAAGACACAAAAUUUGCUGAAACUCAUGAUAAAGAGAUUCAGAAGGAAGGAUCUUGGACCGGGUCAAAUACUGGAUCAGUGAACGAGGGGGGCAAUUGUGAUACAAACUGGGAUGUUGAAACCCAGAGCCAGCAACCUUAUUUAGACACGAUGGAAAAAGAAUCAGACCCAGCUUUCGAGUUAAAGUUGAGCGAGAGAUCAGCCUUCUCUAGAGGAAGAACAAACACGGACAAGUGUGUGAAGGGGUUUAUGCCAUAUAAAAGAUGUUUGGCAGAGAGAGACACCCAGUCAUCAAUGAUAAUUGGGAGCGAGAGGGAGGAGCAGAGGAUCCGCCUUUGCUUGUAGCGUCUCUCACUGGAAAGAAAUCCCCUAGAGCGCAGUUUCCCUUUUAGUGCAUAGAUUUUUUUUUUGACAGAUUCAGAAACUGAUUCAGGUACCGUUAAAGAAGAAAAUGGGGCAGUAAAACGGCAGCCAUUUCUGAAGCUUUGCAAAGUCUCUUCUACUUCUACUAGUACUACCUUUUCCCCUCAUCUGUUCAAAUCCAUAACCCUACUCCUUUACUUGCAAUCUCUUUUGUCCUUUCGGAAUUAGCUUUUAUAUUCCUUUUUAAUUCUUUUUGCCUUUGUUGAAAUGUGAAUCCUUGAUCACACUCUAAUUCUGGUAAUGUCCUGGACACCUAUGAUUGGAGGAUAAACUUACAUAAAGUGCAGCAUUUUCGAUCAUUGUUUA